GGGAAAGAACAUGGAACCACAAUUUGGUGGUAGGAGACUUAUUAUUUGAAAGUAUAAAAGAUUGAGGAAGUACAUGUAAUACAAACAGGGCUAAAGUUCAUCCAGGUGAACCUGAUAAAACAGAUGUUAUAAAGGUAUCUGCAAAUGAAACAUUGGACAAGGAAAAACAAGAAACUGCUUCAUUAUAUCAAGCUGAAGUUGGACGAGAAGGGAGAGAGGAGGAGAAGGUAUCUCUAAAGAGAAAAUCAAUCGAUGAGCAAGGAGACCAAGUAUCUGUCAAACGACUUGCUUCAGGAGUGUACAAUCUACGUGGCUAUUUCACAGAACGAAAAGGAGAGAGAAAUGAAAUGCAGGAUAAGCACGUCAUUCUUGAUGACUUCACGCAACAGUUCGCAAAUCUUCCCUCUACUGUUUCCCGCCUGUCUUUUUACGCUGUCUAUGAUGGACACAGUGGGGACAAGGCAUCAACACACGCAGCAAAGACGCUCCAUAAACACAUCAUCAGUAAAUUCCCGAAGACGGAGAUGACGAACCAGGACAAAGAGAUCAAGAAGUGCCUGAUUGAUACAUUCAGGGUCACUGAUGAAGAGUUUCUCAAGCAGGCCUCAGCAAGUAAGCCUGUAUGGAAGGAUGGCUCGACAGCAGUCUGUGUUCUGGUGGUGAAUGACACACUCUACAUAGCCAACCUUGGGGAUAGUAAGGCCUUCCUUUGUCGCUACAACCCUGAGACUGAGAAGCAUCAGUUCUUACCACUCUCUAAGGACCACACCCCAACCCAGUAUGAGGAGAGGAUGAGGAUACAGAAAGCUGGUGGCACUGUAAGGAAUGGAAGAGUAAUGGGUAUCAUGGAGGUAUCGCGGUCAAUCGGUGAUGGCCGCUUCAAGCAUUGUGGGGUCAUCUCGACUCCGGAUAUCAAGAAGUGUCAACUUGGAGACAAUGACCGCUACAUCCUCCUUUGCUGUGAUGGAUUAUGGGAAGGUUUUGAUGCCGAUACUGUCAUGCAAUUCACCAAUCAAAUUCUAGACGGAGAGAAUACCAAACAAUCAGAGGGAAAGUCUAAGGAUGAUGUUUUGUUUGAGACAGCAUGUAAUAGACUGGCUUCGGAGGCUAUACGGAGAGGGAGUUCAGACAAUAUAACAGUCAUCUUGGUGAACAUUAAGAAGAGCUAGGGGCAAGUACAGGAGUUUCUUUGAUAAUUAUUGAAUUGUUUUGUCUGAGUAACUAACUCCUGUGGCUCACCGAAAAGUACUCACAAUUUUGUCACCCUAGAGGAGAUUCGGGAGGUAAAGGGUUGCUAGACAACUCCUGCGAGCCUGCUUAUUUGGCAAAAAUUGCUGUGAUUCAUGUCACCUCAUCUCAUUUCUCAUUAUGAGUCUGGCCAAACUUAUCACCCUCUCAAAUCUAUGAUUCAUUUGUCUUAUGUCAUCACAACACUAAGAGCAUGCUGCAUAGAGCCCAGAAAAUACUUGCAUAUUUAACAAUAGUAAUGCACUGGUCCCUGUCUGCACCCUAAAUGUAGGGUGUUGCUUUCUUUAUAAGUAAUAUCUUCACAAAGUCUGCAGCAAGUUUGCCAAUAAGACAUCAACCAAGAGUUGAAUGCUAGUCAUAAAGCAAGAUUCUGCAUCGCAGAAAUUGCCUGCAAAUUGAAAGAUGCCUGUUAUGAAGAGAAAGAGGGCUACAUUAGUUAUAUCUCAAUAACAUUUUGUACGUGGUCGUGUGCAUUAUUUUACUAAAGAGUCACCAGGGGGUUUUAACAUAAAAAGAUACGAUUGAUGUUAAAAAUUUAUUGUAACAUUGUGUACAUGAUUUGUCAUAGACUUGCAGUUAUGCCAAAUUGUACAAUUGAUGAUAUAUUUUAUAUUACAGGCCCCAGAAAACUAAGGUGGAAUAGUAGAUCACAAUUUGAUUAUUUCAUGUAAAUAGAACAGUUUGUCUACAUCUUAAUCAGUAUCACGCAAAUUAAACAUUUACAUUUUCACUACUAAACUUAACCUUUUAGUUGAGACUUUGAGGUGCUUGGGUGCCUCAAGAGAGAGUGUGAUUGUUCCAGUAGUAUGUCUACAGAAGUACUAUUUCAAAGUUAAUUGCCAAUUGGUCAUCACCCACUUUGUCUACUUCUGUUUGGUCUCACCACACAUCAAAGUAUAAUCCUAAUUCGUCUGCAACCCAGUUCAUCUACUAACCAUUUGGUCUAAUUCCCAUUUAGUCCAUUCACCAUUUGUCUAAUUUUCAGUUAGGCUAUUCCCAUUUCAUCUAAUAUCCACUUGAUUUAAUGUAAUGUUAUAAGUGAGAGCAAAAACCAAAUCGAAAAUCAAAUCAGCAGUUCAGCUUCUAAGAUGGAUAUCAAAACAAAAAUUGAAUCGGCAACAUAUGGAAUCACUGGACUACAUUAAACUCUGUUUGCGUUCGUGUGCGUUUAAUAAAUAUUAACAGAUCUGGCAUGAUGCAGCCAACAACAUUAUCUAUGACGUUGAUGACUUCUACUCUAUUUAUUUUCCUUUCUAAAUUUGUCUGGAAGAUAUGUGAAUUGUGCUUCUUCCAGGAGAGUAAGAGUUCAUUCUUAAGAAUUUCUAGCACCUUGAAACUAUUUCAAAACAUUUUCCCAACAAUCGUGCAUCAAUUUUUGAUGUUGAUGACUUAAUAAAUCAAAUACCUCAAAACUAUUUCAAAACAUUUUCCCAACAAUCGUGCAUUAAUCUUUGAUGUUGAUGACUUCAAGUAGUACGAUCGUGGCAAUACAUCUGUGCUCCGUAGAUUUUAAUUUUUUCUUCAAGAGGAAUGAUGAAAUAUCGGCCGAUGAUCACUAAUUGUGGUAAAAUCAAAUUGCGAUUUUGAAUUCGGUAACAAAACUUAGUCUGACAGCACUUGAUUGGUUAAAUGAACUGCUCAUGAACUAAAUUUGCAUAAAUUUGAAAGAGUAAAAAAUAAUUGACUGAAUGGGUAUUAGACCAAGUGUAGUGGAGACCAAACUGAGAUUAGACCAAAUGAGUUUUGCCAAUGUGACAUAGGACAGUUUGAGAAGCAGGCCAACUGCUUGUUCGACUAUUACGGCCAAUAUCGGGUUAUGGUUGGAAAGUAAGUGACAUGAAUGCAAUUAUUUUCCAUAGGGGCAGCACCCCUAAAGAAAUGGUCACAAUUGUGACAUAUAUAUAUAUAUUUGGUUUAUAUCUAUUCUAUUUUCUAAAGAGCAGACUGUAGACUCUCUCUAUAUAUAUAUAAAGCCUAAAUAAUUGUUUGUAUUUCUAUAAAUGGAUUUUAUCUUAAUCUUUCUUCUUGUAAGAAGAAUCACAAAAUCCAAUCCAAUCCAAUUAUGUGUGAUAAUUUAUACAAUUUAACUCUACCGUCAAUCUCCAUAAAGCUUUGUGUUAUGCACUGGAAAUCAAUCUUAAUUUCAUAAUAGCUUGGAGGUUAAUAUUGCCUCGUAGGCUCUAGUUAUCAAACAAGCAUGUUUAUCUAACAUAAUGCCAUAAUAUUCAUCAAAAAAAUAAAUUUCUUUGCAAUUUUCUUUUGCAACAACUAAGUACAAAAAAGUUGACCUUUAUUAGUUCAAGACUUGUCGUGUUCAAUAUGAAUUUUUGUUUUUCUUAAUGUGUCAAUUCUUUCGUUGAAUUCUAGUAAGAGCAUAGUUCUUGAUGCCCCCUAAAGUUAGUGGUACCAGUUAUACCAGCCAACCACCUGUGAUUUUUAAUCAAAAUGGAUUAUAAAUAUGAUGAUGUAGCAUUUUGAUUGACAGGGACAAAACCCCCUGGGCAGCAUUUCAUAAAAAGUUUAGUCACUGAAAUUCACUGACAGAUGUUAUAAGCUAUUACAAAUUCUUGCAUCUGAUUGGUUGAGAGUGAAUUAGUCCGCGAAAAUCACUGACAAAUCUUUUCAUGAAAUGCUCCCCGGUCUGGAUAUAAAAAUCGAAAUUUGUUUCAUUUGUAAAGAAUUUAACCUUACAUGACCUGAUGUAUAAAUGUAUAUUUGUUUCGCAAGAAAAUUGGAAUAAACAACAGUUGUUUU